CGCGCGUCCCCGCAGCCGGCCUGUCAAGCGAAUUGAACACGCAGCGACAGCAGCUGAGCGCACGGAUUACGAUGCUAUUUAUUUUAGACGAUAAGUUUGGCUUCCAUUUUAACACGCCGACGUAGGAGCGCUCCGGCGUUAUAAUAAGACGGCACCGUCUCUGCCAAGGAGCAUCUAGACUUUUUUUGUUGUAAAUCAUGCGUUUUCAGCUUUUCUUUAAAAGCGAGGUGGACGAAAAAAAAAGGCGAAACAGCGAAGGACAGAAUUAAAUAUUCAGCUGUCGCAGCGAGUUCAUGAGACAGCCCGGAGUUGAGAGCAGCCCCAGCUCGAAGCGCUGUGCGGAGGAGUUGAGCAGAUGCGCGCUGGCAGAGAGAACUAACGCGCAUUUCAGGGAAAUAUUGUUGCGUUUGUCACCAAUAUUCGCAGAGCUGAAGAAGAAAAAAAAAUCAAACCGCCCCGUGCGAAACGACACUUGGGCUCAGAACUAGGAAAUACCGCCACUGCGUGAAAAAAACAAAAACGAGGAUUAUACUCUGAUCUUUUUUUUAAUUAUUAUUCUCUACAUUUUUAAGUAUCCCAGACAGCAGGAGUACCGUCACUGAAACGCCGCUGGGUAACGGCUCUGUCAACGAGGACACCAGACCGACGACACUGCGGUGCCGAGCUCCUGGGAUUUUUUUAACUCGUUUUCCCACUCGGAAGUUCGUCCAGUCCAGGCGUCUGGCUCUGCUCUCUGUUUUCGGCUUUGCGCGGAGCCCAGAGGAGUCCGGCUGCUUCGAGUUCAGGGGUCAUGGCUCGCUGAGCGGCGCGUGUUGGUCAGCUCGUGGGCUCGGAGUGAUCCUGACCCCCCCCUUGACCCCUCACCCCACCCCACCACGCGAGCAUGAGGCGCGACGCGGCCGAGCUCUUGUCUUCGCCGGACAGCUCCGAGCACGAGUGCGGGCCCCACACCAAGAGCGAAGGGAGCGGAUGUUGCCGAGGCCUGGCGGCUCACUUCUCCGAAGGGUACGGUACCGAGGAGGUGCUGACGGAGACAGAGAGCGGUCAGGCGGCGCCCCAGGGAGAGAGCGACGCGGACGCGGACAUAGAAGACACCGACAACAGGCUGCGGGAGGCGGAGUCCCUGCAGCGAAUCAGCUCCAAGCGCCGUCGCCGACAGCGCAUCACCAAGCAGGACACCACGGAGAGCGAGGACGACGGGGGGCGGAGCCACAGGGUGCAUCGCUGGAGCCUGCGGCUGAGCCCUCACCGCACCCACAACCGCACUAUAGAGGAGGUAGAGAGGGAGAGCGUGUCUCAGGUGCGCCCCUUGGUACUAUGUCGGGGCUCCUCCGGGAUGACAGUUUGCACCCCCUCCAAGCCGGAGCAGGUCAGGGGGUCUGCCCUGCGGCCUCCCGGCCCCCUGUCCUGGCCGCUGGCCCUCUCCCUCCUCCUCCUCCUGCCUCUGUCCGUCCUGCUCAUCCUGGCUCUGCUGCCGCUGGUCAGGACAUGAGGCCGGUCAUGAGGCCGGUCUCUCUCUCUCUCUCUCUCUCUGUGUGUGUGUGCGCCUCUCUCUCACGUCUGAUCUCCACCAUUUCC